AUGCCAUCAGCAGAUAUUGAUAGUUCACGACAUUUGAUAAGUCAACCUUUAUGGAUAAAAGAUCCUAAUUAUUUUGAUUUACAAAGUUCAACUAGAUCUGAUUAUUUAUGGGAUCCAAGAACUUCACGCAAAACUGAACCUGAAGGAAUUCGUGCACGCAGUUUCAAGCCAAAAGUUUCAGCAUACAAAAGUACAAUUAAUUGGGAUUUAGGUGAGAAAGCAAAAUCUAUCUCAUGUGUACAUACACAAGUCAAUCCAAAUAAAUUUCAGAAUCAUAGUUAUUCGUUGACUAGUUUAUUAGAUCAGCAACCAAGAGAUUGGCUUAUUGAUGAUUAUGAUUCGAAACACAAAGGAUGGCGACGGACAGAUCAGAUAAUAAGAAAUAAAGAAUCAUUUACAAAAAAUUCAUUAUAUCGUGAACAGUUCCCGCCAAAGGAAGCUGUUCAUGUACAACCGGUAAAACCUGUUCAUAUACCAUUAAAAACUUCAGAGAAAUUUACUGAUAAAUCUGUUUAUACUGAUGAAUAUAUAUGGCGACCAAUAUUAAUAGAUUAUAAUCAAUUAAAACAUCAUAAACUUUGUCUUCCUAUUGAAAUGAUCCCUUCAAAGCCCAGAGAUGAAUCAAAUAUGAUAAAUGUUGGCGAAAAUGUCAUGUCAAUGCCUGGUGCCAAUCCAAACUUAUUUAAAAGUACAACUUACAGAGAGGAUUUUCAAAGACAUGCAUUGACUAGCAAAGAACCAGUUAUGUGUAGGAAAAUUGCGCCUGUGAUCAAAUUAUCUAAAAUAUUAAAACCACCAUAUGAAAUUCAAGAAUCAUAUUCUACUAUAAAUUCAAGAUAUCAAUAUGAUUAUGGUAGUUCAAUAAAACAUCGUCAUUUAUCGAAUCAUUUGCCUGCAGCUGGUAUGACAACAUUUAAUAAACCAAUUAAAAGUCAAAUACAAACUUAUUCAUUUAAUUACGAUAAUGAUCCUUUAUUUAUGAAAGAACAAGUUAAUCAUCCAAAGAAUUCCAUUCAAAACUUUCAUUCAAAUGUAAAUUUAUCACAACGACUAUAUUUACCAGAUAUCAUUGAACAAGUAGAAAAUAAAUGGCCAUAUUUAGAACAUAAAAAUGGAUGUUUCUAUUCAACGAAACCAUUAGAAGGAAGUUUUUAA